UGCUGUAGAUGGUGGGUUCUACCGUUUGUUUACUUUUCAACUCAAGAUAUUUUGAGUUUUGGGUGUCUAUUUUGAGUUAUUAUGUGAUGCAAUAUUGUAAUCGUCCAAUUUUAUUUAAAUAUGUUUUUAGUCUUUUACUUAGUCCUUACAAAGUGCUGUCACAUUUUCUGGAAUUAGUUUAAAGUGUGAUUUUUUAUUGAUGAUUUCAAAAUUCUUACCAGUCGAUGUGAUAUAACCUUGUGAAGUUCAGUUUGCUCUUGAAAUAUUUAAAUCUUUGGUGUGUCAUUAUCCAGCCCCAUUGUUUCACGUUUGAAAAUGUGGAUGAUUACAAAUGUAUACAGAAUAUUAUUUUCUUUAGCUAGUGAUGUGCGAUUCAGAUGAUACAGAUUUCCUUCUUCUUAUGCCUCUGUCUCAGAAACUUGGAGGUACUGUUGAUUCUGCUUAUAAUUCUCUGUCAUCCCAAAAAACAUUAAGCUGUAAUAAUCCAGACCAUGAUAGCAAUGAAUUGAUCAAAAAUAUUUCUGAUAAAAAAGCAAGUGAUAGAUCUAUAGUUAGAAGUUCAAAUAAUUUGGUAUCGGAUUCACUUAUUGAAUAUAAUGAUAAAAGCGAUUCACUGUCUCCGAGUAAAAGUUUAUAUAUGUCAAAUCACAUAUCAAUAUCACGAGAUCAUAAGAAACAACUGGAUGAGCACAAAUUAAUUGCUGAAAUUGAUAAUUAUUUCCAUACAUAUUUGAAUAAUUCAUCUUACAUCAAUGAGAGAAUGGACAGUUCAGGCAGCACUGGCUUUAGCCCUAAAAAAGCUGUUGUACCCACAACGGUGAUGCAAUUGAGUGAUUUAAAAACCAGCAUUGCAGACAGUGAUAAUUCGAAGCAUUAUGAAUUGAAUGAAGUAGGAAAACUUCUUAAUGAAAUGGAAAAAACCCAGUAUGAAAUCGAAGGAAAAUUAAAAUCAAGAGAAUCCAGACUUUAUAAACCAUUGGCAGAGAAAUAUACAUUUUCUAAUGCGUACCAAUCUGGAGACAAUAUAUCUUCAGUGCCUGACCUUGGAUUUGGUCUUCGGGACAUGUGCUAUAAUGAUAAAUCUAAAAACGCAAUGGACUACCAUGGAAAUCAACGGCUUGAUGGAAAUCACAAAGAUCCAGUUAUCGAAGAACCUUGUGUAAAAUCUAGGAUAAAUCCUCUGGGUUUCAAUGCUAGUUACAAUGGUAAAACCUCUAUCUCUGAUAAUAUUGCAAACAUCAAAUUCCACAGUUAUCCAAAAAUCAAUUUGAAUUCAUCAACGAGGGAUGGGGCUGAAAAUAUUACAACAAAACUCAGACACCUGGCUGUCACGCCACAUGAAACAUUGGAUACAAAAAGCUGUAUACCAAAUGAAUAUUCAGAUGAUACCAUGCCAAGGUAUGGCAAAUAUGUGCCGUCUAAAACUGAUUCGAGUAAAAAUAAUCAUUCGAUAGGUAACUCCCUGCAAGGGUUUGAUGAGCUUAGCUCUACAGAAGAAAAAGUGAAUGAAAUGGCUGGAACCGCGUCACACAAAAAGAAGAGAAUGCCUCCUCGACGCUUUGGCAAUAGAGUAGUCAGAGGAUCAGGCACAAUUAACUCGAGAUGUACUAGCUCGAGUGGAUUCGAUAUUAUGACUAGCAAAAGCAGGUCACAAAUGAUGAGUUUGUCUGAUCUCUGGAAUAACGAUAAUGCAAACAAUGUGAAUGAUAGCAGCCCAAGACAGCUCUUACAGAAAUUGGAGGAAGAACAGUGUAAACGUCAACACUGUGAACAACAAAUACAUGAACUUCAAAGGAAAGUUUUGGAACAGCAGGAGAAAUUAGCUGUUGCUAUUCGCGUUGAUAAAGAAAAGGACAAAGCAAUAGGACAGAUGCAUGCAGGAUGGAAGCGCCUUGCUGCUCACUGGACUGAGCUGGAGGAGCAGCGCAAUGCUUUAGCUUCGCAACUCGAAUCAUCAAAGUCAACCUUCAAUACAAAAACUGAAGAAAUGAAUAAGAAAAAAGAGCGCUGGGAUAAGGAGAUGUCACAGGCGUUGGAUUUGGCCGCCGGCUACAAGGAGAAAUGCGAAUCGAUUGCCAGCGAAAGGGAUCAGUUGGUUGGUGAAAUGAGAUCCAAGAUCGAACAGGCAUUGGCCAAGUUGUCCGAAGCUGAAAAGGAAAAAAUGAAGUGCAAAGAAGAGAAUAGAAUUCUUCUGGAUAAAUUGGCUGAGAAUGAAAUUAACAGUGAACAGAUAACUUUAUGUGAACGCCUUGACAGGUGUCUCAAUUUUCUUAGAGAUGUGGAUAAGCAAUUGAUAUCAGAGUAUGAAUUGAAAUUGAAAGAGGUUGAAACGAAAUUGACGCAAAUGGAAGGAGAGGUGUCUGUUUUGAGGGAACAGAAAGACCACGCCAAUGCCAAAUGGAAGGAUGAAAAAGCGCGUCUCACUUUAAUAGAACAACAGAAAAACUCUUUGCAAAGCUUAGUAGAAGAGUUGAAAACCACCGAGAAAUCAUUGAAAGAAGAAUUAAAAAACUCAGCCCAAAGAUUAGAGUUGGAAAAAAUUGAACUGCGAUCAAUAUUCCAAAGCCAGCUAGAAGCAGUUGUGAAAGAGAAAGUUAAGGAAUUUCAGGGCCAACUAGACUCAGGUCUUGCUAGUCUCAAUGCUCAACAUAUUUCAAGAGAAAAAGAUCUAGCCCAGCAAACAGCUCAAGAGUGUGGUAGACUCGUUGAAAGGCAUCGAUUGGAAAUUCAUAACUUGGAACAGAAACAUCGCGCCGACUUGAAAAUGAUGCACAACAGGCUGCUGGACAUUGAGAAAGAGAAAAUCGAGUUGAAGAUGAAGCUGGACAAGGAGACGAGACGACGCGCCGAAAUGGCGCAGAAACUGCACGGAGUGAUGGAGUCCAAUUGGAAGCAAGCGUUGCAGAUAAUUGUUAGUUCACCAGCCACAGGCGGCAGUCACAACAUUAAGAGCGAAGGAGAGCGCAAGAAGAAACAGUGGAGCAGCCAGGACGAGCGGAAGCUGGCCGAAGAUGGCAGCUGCUCGAGUCAAAGUGGCGAGGCGCCGUUCAACGUGGACAGUGGUCAGCUGACCUACCGCAUGCACGCUGAUGGCCAGGCAGCCAGCACCAGCAAUCAGUCACAACCCAGCCAGCUGCAACUCAAGCGAUACAUUCAGAUGCUUCUAGAGAGAGCUCCAGGUCAUCCAGUUGAAGAUCUGAGCUGUUUGGAUAAUGACACUACUUUGAAUAGUGGUUCAUUAGCAGAUAGUCAAUCAAGCUGGGCGAAAUUUAUGAAUUUAUCGAGUGACAACAGACCAACAUCGGAAAAUUCAAAGCCAGAACCAUCAAGAAAGCUGAAUGGAUCAAAAUCAAAACAACCCUGGAAAUGAAACUGAUGAGGCUAUCCCUAGAAUUAUGUUUUACUCACAAUCUUCUUAUGAAGAUUGUAGACUUAAUCUCAAAUUGUAAUAGAAAUCAUGCCAAAAGCACUGUUAUAAAUAUUUAAAUUAUAUAAAAAUUAAAUUAACAAAUACAAACUAGUCAUUGUAUGACAUUGAUGAGAACCUAUAGUGUAUGCAAUACAGUAUUAUAAAUAUAGUAAUAAUUUUAUCACGGAAAGUUUCAUCGAAA